UGAAAGGAACCUUAUUUCCUUCUGAAAAUUUGGAUUUCUAGAUCUCUAUGUCACCCUGUUCUUGUUUGGUUUCUGAUCUCCUGUUCCUUUGGGGUUGUAUUUCAUUUGAUUUGUGUGUUUUGCUAGAGUAUGGAGAUUGAUUAUUGCAGUGUUUGAUUCGGUGUGGCUGGGGAUUCCAAAAGUACUAGUAGUAGGCAAACUGCUCCAUAGGUUGAUCGCUAGUUUUCCAUGAUGAGUAUUGAGUGUUUUGUUGGACUAAAGAAAGGAAAAAAAUAUUCAUCUUUGCAACUGAUGGAGCUCCAUUUGAGGCAGUCCCCUUCCAUUUAGGAUCAGAACUCUAUACAUCAUCAAUAAUUUUGUGGAUGAUUUGGUUUCUACCUGUAUCCGACGAGUUUGAUGCCAUCCUUCCGUCGAUGGAUCAUGGAAAUCAAUUAAUUUAUAGGAGCUGAGACCAGUUCUUUUUCAGUUGUAAUUUUGGGAUGGAUAUCAAAUAGUUGUAAUAUUUAGCAAACAACAAUGUCCAUUUCCAACAGUAGCUGACUGGGAAACCCAUUUUAAAAAAGGAGAAUGACUCUUCACUCACAACUGCUAAAUUGAAGACUUCCGUUCGUUUGAUGGGCGUAAAUUUGUCCUUGCUCUGUUGCCCAUGGGUUGAGCUCAUGGGAAGCAAGAUUUUUGCUUUGACUGAAGAGGAUGAGGAGAUGAAAGCUUUGAGCUUCAUGGAGAAAGAUGUCAAGACGAUCACAAGAUCUACUAGCUGCAAACAAAAUGGGUUGAUGAUCAAGAUCACAUCUUGUGCUUCCUUGAAAAAAUCAUUAAGCUUCAAAAAUUGGGAUCAGGACAAAGUCAAGACGGAAACUAAUAUUUCAUCCAAGAAUCAGGAUGAGGAUGAUGAUACAAAAGAACCUCCUGCAGAGGACACUGGAAAUAAUGCUGAUCGGAAGUUGAAUCCAGCAAGUUGCCUGUUAGUUUCACCAAGGCCCAUCAAAGAGCUUGAUGCAGCAGCUGUUAAGCUGCAAAAGGUGUACAAGAGUUACCGAACUCGAAGAAAUUUGGCAGAUUGUGCAGUAGUCGCUGAGGAAUUAUGGUGGAAGGCAUUGGAUUUUGCCUCUCUAAAACACAGCUCCAUAUCAUUUUUCAAUGGUGAAAAGCCAGAGACAGCAGCUUCGCGUUGGGCUAGGGCACGAACAAGGGCGGCCAAGGUUGGUAAGGGUUUGUCCAAGAAUCACAAGGCACAAAAGCUGGCACUUCAACAUUGGCUUGAAGCUAUCGAUCCCCGUCAUCGAUAUGGGCACAAUCUGCAUCUGUAUUAUGAUGUAUGGGUUAAAAGUGAGAGCAAACAACCAUUCUUCUACUGGCUGGAUGUUAGUGAUGGCAAAGAAGUGAAUCUUGUGAAGUGCCCAAGAACCAAACUUCAGCAGGAGUGCAUUAAAUAUCUUGGACCGAAAGAGCGGCAGGCUUAUGAAGUCGUUGUAGAGGAUGGAAAACUACUCUACAAGCAAAAUGGGAAAUUUGUAGACACUACUGAAGGUUCUAAAUGGAUAUUUGUUCUCAGUACAACAAAAGCACUAUAUGUGGGGCAGAAAGAAAAGGGUUCAUUUCAGCACUCGAGUUUUCUUGCUGGUGGAGCUACUAUAGCUGCAGGAAGAUUGAUUGCAAAAGUGGGGAUUCUGAAGGCUGUUUGGCCAUACAGUGGACAUUACCUUCCGACCGAGGAAAAUUUCAAGGAAUUUGUCUGCUUUCUUCAAGAGAACAACGUAUGCCUCACUGAUGUCAAGAGACGUGCAAUCGUUGACGAUGACUACUACCCACCACUCAAGAUGCCAAGGAUCGAUUCAUUGAUAGACAUGAACAAGGGCACAAGGGGUACAGUGGAAUCUAAAACACUCGAAGCAGGUGACUCGAGUGAAACCGAGGCAGAAGAGGGUGCUCUGAAUUCCCUAAUAGAUGUGUUCAAUGAAGGCAACAAUGUCGAGACUACUGUUGGAUUGGUCGGCCACCGCCAUCGCAAGUGGACAACUGGGGCUGGGCCUCGAAUUAGGUGUGUUCGGAACUACCCCACAGAUCUCCAAUUCAAGGCGCUCGAGCAAGUUAACUUGUCACCAAGAUCCAUUCCUUCCCCUAUUGUGAAUAAUGAUCCGAUACCAUCCCCCCGGCCCAACUCCGGGAUGAGGCUAUCCCCCACACUAGCAAGCAUGGCCCUCCCUGCCCCCAUCAUCUCUCUUACUCUUCCUAAACAUAGACGGUGUUGAUUGCUGUCAGUCGUCAUUCUACACCUGAUCCUAGACAGUGAGUUCUAGCACCCAGUUGGUGCACAUAUCUUACACAAGAUUGGUGCUUGAAGGUGAAUAAAGGAAAGAUACACGACAUCUGGCCAAAAAAUUAGUUUUUGUUUUGUUUUAUUUUGUGCAUUUGUUAAUUAAUCUGACUUCAUAACCCACUUUUUCCUUCUUUUUUGAUGCCUCCAAGAUGAGGUCGAUUACUGUAUGCAGUCCAUUCUUUUUGUCCUCUUAGAUGAGGAGAUAAAGAGUCAUGUAGAGAUAUAUUUUUGCAAGGCAAAAUGAAGUCCAGAUUUGAUCUUCCA